CUGCAUGUAGUGUGAUUUGCCUCAUUACACAAGUUGAAUAGAACCCGUCUAUCCUGCGAAUCUUAAAUUUUAUCGUCUGCUAGGGUACAUUUGACAGCUAAAAAUGGCAUCUCCAGAUUUCGUUGGGACGUACUUACUCGCUAAAAGCGAAAAAUUUGAUGAAUUCAUGUGUGCAUUAGGAGUGAAUUUUUUCCUCAGAAAGAUGGGUAACCAAGUGACCCCUGAACUGACCAUCGCGAAUAAAGGUGACCAUUACACCUUCACCUCUGUCUCAACAUUCAAGACCACCACGCUGGAGUUCGACGUCGGCAAGGAGUUCGAGACCACCACUCCAGAUGGCAGGAAGGUCAAGUCGACAGUGUGUGUGGAGGAUGGCAAGCUAGUACAGAAAGAAUCCACCAUCGGAAGUGCAGGAGAUGGUAAGGACUGUACCUACAUCAGGGAGCUGGAAGGAUCGAACAAGGAUCUCAAAGUGACAUGCUUAUUGAAGGAUAUUGAAUGCAUUCGUCUCUACAAGAGAACGAGCCCACUUUCAUAAAGAACCAGAAUUAUUCCAUGAUUUACAUUCCGUUACACCAUGUUUGUAUCUCCUGUGGAUCAUGUCUCCCCAAGCUUGGACAAUGGCUGCCUUAUGGUCUUGAGCAGCCUCUGAUAACACAAUCUACUGCCUCUUAAAGUGCAACGAGGAACAAAAUCUAUUGCAAUCAGGAAAACACCAUCAUCAUUCAAUUGCCAUCAUUGCCAAUUCUAUUGUUUUUAUCUUUUUAAUCCUGCCAGAUUGAAUGCUUCUAUAUGUACAUUUGUGAAGUUGUGUUCACAUGCUGUUUUAUAAUAUUAGAAACUGUUGAAAUUCUUUUUCCCUGAUGGAAUGACAUAAAUAUAUUGUCAUCUUUGCCAUAUAUAUUGAUUCUUAUGAUAUAUGCUGCUAAGCCUAAAAUGGCAGAUUAUUAAUGAUUGUUUCUUUAACUAAAAGAACCCGGAUAGUUCAAGUAGAAAACCUGUUGGUGCUUAAGUUUAAAGCUUCCUCACUUUUAUGAAAUAAUCUUGUUCUGGAAUGGUGCAUCUGCAAGGACUAUUUUGGAAGGUAGGUUUGGGUUUAAAUUGAUAUUUAAUGAUUUUAACUAGAUCAAGGUACUAUUUUAAAUUGGUGUAUCUGGACGUUUGUCGUGAGCAGAGAGAGAGGCUUGCUAUACGGGGGAUAAUUUGUUCAAAUCAUAUAUUUUGUUCAGGAGCUUGAAGUCAAUAUCACUGCCUUGUAAGCCUGUUAUAGAAAUCUGUUUGUAAUUUAUUUGAAGGGUUCUGUACACUGUGCACUUGAGUUAUCUAUUUGUGUUUGCUGAAAGCAUUCUAAAUUUAGAGGACCUUUCCUAAUCAAUCUGACCUAUCUCAAGCUGACAAUGCCACCCUUCCUUCUAAUUGAUAUGUGUAUUAAAGGUAAUCCUGAAAUCUGAUUUGAUGAAAAGUAAGAAUCUUACAGAAUUCAACAAAAAUUGAAUUGACUAUCUAGAAAUAAAAUGAUACAUGAUAUCCGUCACAUGAAAUCAAUGGAAAAUAUAUGAUAGUUGAACAAGGGGAAAAGGAAGACUAGCUAGGGCCCUUUUUCAUAAAACAUGUUAUCAAUAACAAGUUACAUUAACUGUUAUAAGCUACUGAAAUCAUUGCAUUGAGAGAGAGAAAAUUUGUCAUAUAGUAUUAGCAGUUGUUAUUCAUAAGAAGUUUUAUGAAAGAGGGCAUAGGAAAAAGUGCUGAUCGUGAUGUUCAAUAGACACCUAUCCCGUUUGUGCAUAUAUAUGCAUGUUGGUGCUUUAAUUGUAGAUGAUUUUUCAUCAAGUCUGAUGACCCAUGCAUGAUAUCAUGAUAAGCAGUCAGGUAAAAUAGUGUACUUUGACACAAUGAUUAUCAAUUGAUUAUCACUAUUCAAAUAGGAAGAAGACUCUACAUACAGGUUACAAAUCUGUAUGGAUUUAAUAAGACUGCUAUGAGAUCAUGGACUUUUGAUUAAGUUACUAAUUAACAGUCUGUGGUUUUUUUUAUUGGCAAAAAUCAUUUUACAUUCAGAUUUGUAUCUCAGUUUAAAUACUGCCAUACAUUUUUUAACAAAAUCAAUUCAGCAUGUACAAUAUUCAAAAGGUUUAAGUGAUCAUUGGCGCUAGUGGUGCUGAAGUAGUGACGACAGUUUGAAGUAACUGAUCAUGAACACAUGAAAGAAAAUAGGAGUACACUCUUCUAUGUAUAUGACAAUAAAUAAUGUUUUUUCCUUUUUAGAAUACUGAUGGUAACAAUAGUUACCAUUAAUGUAGCAAUGGUACCAAAUCUAAAUGUAGAAAAGGAAGUUUUUUUUGUUUUAAAGUCGCUCCGACUCAUUUCCUCUUUUUACCUCUCUGUGUUGUCCCAUUGUAUCUUGUCUAUUAAAAAAAAUUAAAAUCCCUUAACCCCCCCCCCUCUUUUUCACUCUCUCCCUUUCCUACUCCCCUCUCUUUCCUACUCCCCUCCAUUUCCUCUUCCUCUCCCUCUCUCUCUCUUUCUUUUACUUUCCCCUCCCUCAUUUUGACAUCGAGGAGUGGUAAUGGCUUAUGAAGUAUACAUUGUAUUUUCAUUUAUCACCAGUAUUACAUGCACUUGUACAGAAGAAGACAAAAAUAACAAAUAUCAAAAAAUGUUACUACUUAUUGCAGUGUGAAAGGUGGAAGUUGUGCAGGGUUUGGUUUCUUCAAUUUGUUUGAUAUUUACACCAAUGAUUCUGUGAAAUGCAAAAAAAAAAUCUGUCUUUUUCUCAGGGAGAAAAAACUAUGCCACAUUUCCACUGUCUCAAAUAGAAAUGGGUAACCUUAUGACUCAAUGCCAUUAGUAGAUGUUUAUGCUGCCAAAUACUAGCCAAAAUCGCUGCCAUAGACAGUACAUUAUGAUCGUAAGAAGGAUAAUUAGAAAUUGUGUAGAAAAUGUGGUGUCAAUUAUUAGCCAAUAUAGUUGCAAUAUUUAGUAUGAUAUGAUUGUAAGUUGUUAUACAUCUGAAAUCAUUUAGAAAAUGUGCAUGCAUUGUGUUUUUGAUCUACAUGUAGUUUUAAUGUGCAUUGCGAUGUAGUGAUUAUAGUAAAGUAAAAUCGCAUAGCAAGUUUAUUAUGUUAGAUCAAAUAUAUGAUUGCCAGUACAAUAUGCUUUAGGUAUGCAAAAGUAACGUAACAAUGUAAAGUGAUUGUAAAAUAUAUUUCCAUUUUUUGGACGUGCGUUGAAAUAUACUUAAUGUAUGAAAAGAAACAAAACAAAGUAAAAUGAAUGCAAGUGCAUUUAUAUAUUUUUCGCCGUCUACUUAAAAUAUUCUUUGUGUAUGGGAAAGAAACAUUGAGCAAAGUGAGAUUUGAGAUGUAUACAUUCUUGGUCAUGUGGUUAAGGAAACUUGCAGAAUGAAGUCUUUGCUGCCCAUAAAGUGGAAGAUAUCUCAUAUUACUUUUCUAGGCUUCACGAUAUCUCACGUAAUUGAGAAAAAAAUGGAUUCAAAAUCAAAUUUAAUCCAAUAAUAACAUUAGAGUUUUGACACUUGUGUUUGUUUUAGAAGUUUUAGCUUUUAGCUCGACUGUAAAACUUUAGAGGCAGGUACAUGUUUGAAAUAUAUCAAGCUCAUUUUGAUUAUUGUAUGCAUUCCAUCCGUUUUCCCAAUUGUGCUUCCAGCUUUAGUCUUGUGAAAAUCGUAAAUUGUGACCAUAAAUGAAAAGGCUUUAAUUUUCUUUAAAUUUUGUGCUAUCUUGGAAUUUUUGUUGUUAUUGAAAAUAGAUCAGAUAUUAUCUUGCCAAUGAAUAAAUAAACCAAAUCUUGUCAAUCUUAGUAUAUUACUGUGAUGUUAUUAUAUCUCAGUAUACCUGUUGGUCCAGUAUUUGCAAUAAUUAAAUGAUCCACUGUUCUUUUGUUGCAGUUAGUGUUGUUGCUAUGCAGAAAAUUGUCCAUGUACUGGUAUCUGGUCUUUUCAAACAUAUGCAGUCAAAUUGGCAUAUACUGUACCUGUGUAUCGAUUUGUCAAACAGACUCGAGCAGAUCAUUUUAAAGUGUUACAUCUGGAUUUGGACAAUGUCAGAAUAAAAGCAAUGGAAGUUUUAAGA